AUGCUGAAGGAGCUGAAGGAGCUGCUGCAGUCCGCCUUCGAGCUGCGGGAGAUCUCGCCGGUGGUGAAGUACCUUGGGCUGGAGAUCGUCCGCGACAGGCCGGCGCGGAAGCUGUGGCUGCACCAGCAGGGCUACGCCGACAAGCUGCGUAGGCGCUUCAUCGACGAGGAGCAGGGCGGUCGAGUUCCGAAGACGCCGGUUUCGGUCGACGCCUACGCCGAGCUGACAUUCGACGACGAGGAGGCGCAGGAGCGCGAGGAGGAGGAAUACCGGCAGAAGGUUGGCUCGCUGCAGUUCGCGGCGACGACAACGAGGCCGGACAUCGCGUUCGCCUGCAGCAAGCUGGGGAGCGGCCUCACAGUGAGGAGCGACCAGCAUUGGCGCGAGGUCGACCGCUGCCUCGCCUACCUCGCCGACACCCGCGACACCGCCUUGGAGUUCGGCGGUGGACCAGAGUCACUGGAGCUGAUCGGCUACGUGGAUGCCGAUGACGCGGGCGACAAGCAGAACCGGACGAGCACGGGCGGCUACGUGUUCGUCUACGGAGGGGCCGCUGUCUCCUGGUCGAGCUCGCGCAUCAAGUGCGCGACGCUCUCCUCGACCGAGUCGGAGUACGUCGCGGCCACGGAUGCUGGCAAGGAGGGACGCCGACUUCGUUUCCUCCUUGCGGAAUUCAAGCUGCUCGACGCUGGGAAGCCGACCACCCUCCACGUCGACAACAAGUCGGCAAUCACGGUCGCUGAGGGCUUGGGGCUGACGGGCAACCUCAAGCACAUGGAGCGACGCUACGCCUGGCUGCAGCACAUGGUGAGGCGCGGGAAGUUUGUGCUGAAGUACAUCCCGACCACCGAGCAGCCUGCCGAUUUCAUGACGAAGGCGCUGCAUUUUCCGGCUUUCAACCGGUGCUCUGUCGCCAUCGGCCAAGUUCGACUGGCCGACGUCGCCGACGGCGACGACGAAAUGCAGCAGUAG